AUGGCACCCAAAUCCAAUCCCCGCAAAGAGGUGGCAUUGACUCUAGACAAUGUGAAACGCUCGAAAGUUUUUGAUCUCAACAUUCGGUCGACCUAUACGCAAUUCAACGGUCAAGAGGCCUUCAGAGAGCUGGUGCAGAACUGGCGAGACGAGGUGAUCAGGGCCAGUGGCCUCAGCCCGCAGCAGUUCAUGGACUCUGUCACCCGCGAGAUAACGACGAAUGACUCGAAAGUCGAGAUCUUAUACAAGGCCAUCACACCCGCGCAAGACUCACAAGGCGCACCGGAGGUUUUUGGUUUUAUUCGGUACAAAGGGGAAAAUGGACAAGGCACAGUUGAACUCACGAACCGCAAGAGCACCCUCCAACUUGAGCAUCUGGAGAUGGGUGGCACCAGCAAGAGACACGCCACGAACCAAGCAGGCACCCACGGCGAGGGAAUGAAGCUCGCGGCCCUCUCCAUGCUGAGACCAGACAACAACCACAGUGUGCAAUGCGUCUCUGGAGGUUGCACGUGGACUUUCUACUUGAACAGUCUCUUCAAACUGUGUGUGAAGGUCGAGCGGAUGCCCAAAAGCAGUCUUCACCAGAUCAUGCCCCCUUCUAGGCGUCUAAAGCAGACUCAUUCUACAUGUGUAGCAGUGCCCCAUGAAGAUGUGCAAUUCCUGCUCGGGGCCAGUAGCAAAAACGACGAUCAAACGAAGCAGAACACUCAGCAUGUCCCUAUCACGAAAGGCGUGUUCGAGAGCUGGACGUCCACGGCGCUCUUUCUGCAGGAGCCAAAUCCGCAGAUGACAAUCACGACGUCUCGUGGCAAACUCUUGUUGGAGCCCAAAUAUCAUGGCAAACUAUACCUCAAAGGCUUACUUCUCAGCCAUUCUGCCCACAACUCCGCCAGCAUCAGUGGCAAGCAGAUGAGGUACGGCUAUGACUUUGCAGACGGCAGCACGAACCGAGAUCGCCUGCAUGUGGCUACUGCGGCAGAGGAAGCAGCAACCAUCGCUAGUAUCUGGGCACAAAGUAUCGAACAGCGACCAGAGAUGAUUGACAACCUCAGCGACAUGCUGCUGUCAGAGACUUCAGAGUACGCCGACGUCAACAUGGCGGACAGGAACACGAGUUUUCAUGUUGCAACCCGUUUGAAGGCGGCCCUCGUGGAGAAAUAUCCCAACCGGUGGUUCUUUGACAACGAGCAGAGAACGGAGUAUCCUGAACUCGAACUAACAAUCCAAGGCCUUGGAUUGCAAGGAAUGUUUCUCCCCAAAACGUACUGGAAACUGCUGCACAAGCAGGGGCUUGUACGCGAAGUCUGUGAUGAGGAGGCCAUACGGUUCGGCAAAGCCAAGGCCCUGGGCCCAAAAGAACUGCCUCAAACAUAUUUUGCUCAGGAGCUUUAUCGCAUCAUCAAAGCAUGUAUGCACGACUGUCACGAAUGCAUGCAUCGCAUCACCCUGCUCAUUGUUGACGCUGGCGAACUGAAGCUUGACACUGCGUAUCGCACGGGCCCGGCUGCACAGCUCAAGGUACACGUCAAAUGGUUGUCGCAUGACAUCCUCGGCACAGAACUGGGGACGCGACUCGACAAGGACAGCCUGCGAGACGUCGGCAGAAUCGCGAGACUGCUUUUCAAGCGCCUGCUGCAGACUCUGCCAACCCACAAGCUUAAACUUGGUGGAAAGACGUGGCAGUGGAAGAUCCGCCAGCUCGGGCUGCUAGCUGACCAGCGGAUCGACGACGCAACCGUGUUCGGUUCGACGCGCGUGUUUCCGGAGCCUGCGGUCUCUCAGGGCGUGGUGGUUCGCAGCCACUUCCUCAGGGAGCUGCCCCAAGGCACCUCUGCUGAAAUCCAUCUUCACGGCAUGGCAACUUGCGGUGACAAACGCAGCAUCUUUUGUGCUGCAGAAGUCCGCCAUCCGCGUUGUACUGGACCGGCCGGGUCCUGCAGACGCUUGGUGGUUUCAGAACCCCGGACGGGCGUGACUUUUGAAAACUUGGACCUUCGAGUAGACUAUUUCGCCCUUGUCUAUUCUGCGAACACGCCAGGAUCCUUCGUCCACGUCUCUUGCGGUUCUACCAAGCCGUCCGCCUUUCAAAAGUUGACAGUUACCACUAGCCACUCGGCCCCCGUCGGCGGCGAUGCUAGCAAGGACUGCGACACCGCCGAUAGAUCCUCGACGACGGGAAGCAAGCGGCCGGCAGAUGCGUAUCAGGUAUUCACGCCUCACUCGAAGCGUGUCAGAUGGUAG